UUCCAGGUGGUGCUGGAGGACCAGCACUCAAACCGCCUAGUUCCACAUCUAAUGGACCAGUUAAUGCUCCUCAGAGUGGCGAUAAAGGUCGGCUAAUAAAUGGUGGACCCCCACCAGCCUCAAGCUCUAAUAAACCUACAGCUAAUAAAGUUUUAGCACCAGCUGGGCCUCCUGGUCUUGGUAGGCCAGUCAAUGCUGCGGGUCCACCUCCACCAAGCAAUGGUGGUACACCAGGACGUCUGAACUCAAAUAUCACAAACAGAUUCAAUAGCUCAUCAACAGCUGAAGACAGAGGUGGUUCAGGUGCCUCCCAGCCAAAUGUUUCAUUAAUUGCUGCUGGUCUUGCAUCUCGUAAUACACCAGCCCACUCUCCAGUGCCUAAACCUUCAGUAUCUACCGGUGGGCAUCAGACUGCCACUGCAACACCUCCUCCACCCCCCAGUCGCCCCCCUCCAUCAAAUUCAACCAGACCGAAUAGUAUGGUAGGGCGACCAUUGCCACCACCACCAGGAGACAGUGGAAGUAAUGCUGUAGGUCCGGCACGACCACCACCGCCUCCACCUUCAAGGUCAGCAGCCCCUCCACCUCCAAACAGAAGUGGUGCACCUCCGCCACCACCUCCUCAGAGGACAACAUCAAAUGUUAAUGUAGUGGGGGGUACUAUUGGUCGCUCAGGUCCACCGAGUAGGCCUCCCUCACGGCGGGCAUCUACAGGUGGUGGACUGCCAGCUCCUCCACAGAUCCAGCCACCAACAGGCCCUCGCAAAUCUGGAAGUCAGAGCUCAAGUGAAGAUGAUUUUGAAACACGUUUUCGGUUUCACCAGCCAAAUGAGUUCACACCACCAGAGCCUUUCAGUAACAUGAAUAAAACGUACCCUAGUAAAAAUCCCAGAAACUCCAAUCGCCAGAGACCGCCACCACCAAUGCCUCCACGAUAA